CUGGCCCGUGUCCAAAUUAAAAGGUGCUCCAAGCUCUCACUGUGAAUCCGACCCGACAACCAUUAGUCCCCAGCCCCGAGGUCGAGUCCCGGAAUCGCUCGUCGAGUCAAAGACGAAUGCCGCCCAACCACCACGACCUGGAGCGGAUUCGCCAGCAGAUCGUGUUGGCCAACAUCCAGGAGCUGAUCCAGAAGAUGACGCGACGCUGCUUCAACGCAUGUGUCGCUCUGCCGGGACUGGAGUUGCGCUCCUCGGAGCGCGACUGCCUGUCCACCUGCAUGGAUCGGUUCAUGGACUCGGUUCAGGUGGUGUCGUGCCAAUACUUCCGGCGCCGGCGCCGCCAGCAGCAGGUCCGCGUGGCCCGCUUGGCCGCCUCUUCCGCAUCCGCUUCUGCAUCCUCAUCCGCGUCUGGUGAACCCACAGACGGGAGGGGCAAGUGAAAGUACUGAAUGCCUCCAGAGGAAAAUGUAUACCAUGAAUGUCGCUGUUGCCCCCGGCCUGCCCAAAGGGAGCAGUCUGAGCCCAUUGGCUCUGCCCUUCCCCGGACCCACAGACCACCUGGGAGCCACCCGGAUAAGGUCACUUAUCUUAUUGCUCCCCGAAGCUUCCGAGGUCUUCCGAACUGGAAAAGGAAGUGCGGCUGAAGAAGGGGAGUAAGCGGACUUACUACUGGCGGGCCGCUUGCCAUGUCCUCGUGUUGAUCCCUAACAAAUUCUAGUAGAGUCAUCGGUAAAUGGUGAUUGACAGAAAAUAAAGAUGUCCCUCUUUCACUCCCA